CCUUCACUUCUCCUCCCACCUCCCUCCUCGCCGGAGCCCCAAGAAACCAAGAACCCACUCCCCCUCUCCACCGCGCAGAGCCCACCUCCUCUGUUCUGCAGAGGUCCAGCGCAAGCGACCGAUGGAGCAGUUCCGUGACGGCGACCACGUGCGGCUGCGCAGCCGCGAGUACGGCACGUACCUGCACGCCGACGAGGACGGGCAUGGCGUCUCCCUCCACCACCGACGGGCGUCGAUGAACGCGGCUUGGGUGGUGCACGUGUACGAGCCCCCCGAGGCGCCUGUGCCGUACCUACUCCUCCACAGCGCCGCCUACGGCCGGUACCUCGCCGCCACGAACGUGGAGGCGCCGCAGGGUCACCACUGGCGCCGCGUCGAGCAGCGGGGCUGCGACCAGCCGGAGGUGGAUCUAAUCCCUUGGCUGGCCAUCCGGACGGAAUCCGGAGACGAAGUCUACCUCGACCAUUUCCACGGCGGCUGCCUCCGCGCCAACCGGAACACCGGCGUCAGCGUCGAUGUCGACGACCCCGACAACCCCAGCCCGACGACGCUCUGGGUCGUGGAGCCCAUCCCCGCCACGCGGAGGAUGCCUCGCCUUCCACUUCCACCUCCGGCUUGCCUGCACCCUCCCUUCAACCACGACGAGGUGCUGUCGCGGGAAAUCACGUACGUGUGGCCGAACGUCGAGGGGGCCCUCGUCAACCACAACGUGUUCGUCUUCAGGGGAAGGUCCUUGUACCAGCUGAGGCACGAGCUGGCCUGGCGGCUGGAGGUGGACGUCUCUCACCUCGCCAUGUGCCUCCCCACACGUUAUGGCCGGUUUUCCCCACUCGUCGUCGACCUGCCCCGCAACCAGCAGGCCCUCAUCGUCGUCGUCGACUUCGCGGGGACGCCUGCUCACGCGGCGCUGCGGUACGCGGAUGUCGAUGCAGCGUAGAGAGAUACCCCUACAAGUCGCCUUCCUGUCCACCUCUUCAGAAGUGCCGCCGCCUCGACAACAUUAGAACCCAGUUCCUUUCAUAGAGAUAUGGGUUCAGGAAAACCCAGCAGUUCAUUUGUUCCUGCUACUUAAACUUGGUUUGUUCUCCUGACAGUAGGAUACCUAUUUGCUUUGCCAUAUCGGUUCUAAAAUUCUGAAACUGUUUGAGCAAUGCGUUGACGAUGGCCACUACUUCAACGUUGCCAGGUGCAAGCAGUUGAGCACUUGAGUUUACUAGUGCCUUUUACAGUUUCAGUCGUGUAACAUGGUUCAUAUCCUGUUUGUUGGUUCUGCUUGUAUAUUCCAAGCAGACCGAGGUCUGAGAAGAGUCUUAUAAUUUU